GCACAGGGCAGUACACAGCAGAGCAUGGCUGUCACUGGGGACGAGAGCGACACAGGCACUGCCAGUGACCUGUCUGCCCACCACCUGCGUAACCCUGCCACUAGCUCCUUCUGCCAGAGCGAGGAGGGGACCAGUGCACACGACUCCAAACAUCUAACGGAGGAUGCAAUCCACAAGCGGGCCAUCCGCCUCAUGAAGAACAGGGAGGCUGCCAGGGAAUGCCGACGCAAGAAAAAGGAGUAUGUCAGAUGUCUGGAAACCCGCGUUGCCCUGUUGGAAGACCAAAACAAAGCUCUCAUGGAUGAACUACGCAACUUAAAGCUGUUAUACCGGCACCACUGAAGAAUUCGGACAUUUUGGGAAUUUUUUGUCACUUUUUCAUAGCACACACCAACUGUCCUUUAUGUACAACAUGUGACAUACCACCAGCAAAUAAAAUAAAAUAAAAAAUGUUACAAAAAGUACAAAAACGUUUACAGAAUAAGCAAAAAAAAAAAAAAGGCACAAUUGUUGGAACUGCACAAACACAUGAUUUCACAAUUUAUUGCUAAUUUUGACCUUACUGUAGAGUCUAAUACGUAAACACAUUUGAAAAUUGAAAUGCCUUACAGUCAAAAUUAGUAACACUUCAAAAUUUAAACUUUUUUGCUCUCUGAUUUAUUUAUUGUAUAUUUUGUGUUGUUAUUGACAUUUCUGUGUUGUAUAUGUGCUAAGUUAAGAUGUAAUCUUUGAAUGUAGGGUUUGUGUAUUUGGCUAUUUCUACUAAGCUACAACUACUUCUCCACCAAGACAGGCAAAUGUUUUUUUUGUUUUUUUUCAUUGAUGCCGGUUUUGCUAGUAGGACUACUCGGUGCUUAAAUAUUCAAAUGAGUUGGUGUGAAAAUGACAGAGAAUGUCAUAUUUGCCGCUUUGAGAGAUACAUUUCUCUGCCCUUGGCCAAAACUUUAUUGUGUAUUGCGCAAACCUUUUAAAUGGUG